AUAAUAAUAACAAUAAUAGCAGCUGCUGAUCGCGUCUUUAUUUCCCGCUGAUCGAUCGGCUCUGAUCGAUCACUGAAGCCGCCUGCGCAGCUCCGCUCCCCGCCCUCCUCUUCAUCAUAUCCCGUUGUCUCACUGGAGGAUGACUCGGUUGGAGGCUAGCAGCUAACCGGGCGGGUGUCUCAUGCCCCUUGUUGUUUCGUGGUGGUCCCGUGGAGCCGUUCCCGUCUCGACCCGGUCCGGACUGCAGGUGUGCGCUGCCCGGAGCGGCCCGGAGCUCGGCGCGGAGAUGCAGCAGCUGUUAUGUAAGAGCGGAGCCGCUAACGUUAGCCCGCCGCCAUGAAUGACGCGCAGCAAGAAAUGUCUCCGGACUUUGUCCUGAUGCGGCUCGUCUCUGCCGCGGAGUACGACCGGCUGGACGAGCCCGACGACCUGAUCCGGUCCGCAGGCGGCGGGUUCGGACCGGUGAAAGCCGCGCUGGGACACCGCGGUGGCGGGUUUGAUGUGGACCCCAGCGGCCCCUCUGCAGGCCUCGGAUCCGCAUCCCCGCACUAUAGUUCGCCCCUCCCCGGGAAGGGUGAGCUGGACGGCGGCCUGGGGUUGUCGCAGGUCCCGCCGAGGUCCGAGGCGAAGCUGUCCCCGCCGCCUGAGGAUUUUGCCGCAGCAGCACAGCGGUUCGUGGACAGUUCGGGUGGACACGGAUCCAGGGCACAGCUGAUGGUGUUGCAGAACCUGCUGCGGUCCGGAUUGGAGCAGCCGCCAGCAGGGUUCCUGCAAGAGGAAACAGAGAGACAGAAGCUAGACUCGGGACCAGGGACAGGUUCUGCUAGCACAACAUCUGGUCCCAGAACUGGAGGAGGGAAAGAGCAGAACUCUGGCUGUGUACCAUCCCCGGAGGAAAACCUACAGUGGCACCCAGUCGUUAGACUGUCCAAAGGAUCUGAUGGGCCACAGAACCCUCAGCAGGUCCCAUCUUUGGCCUCUGAAUCCAUUCCAGUCCUGUGCCACAGACACCAACUGGCAAAGUGGCCACCGGGUCUGUUGGACCAGGCUCUGCGCCUGGGUCUGUUAGAGUCUAGGAAAGAUGAAGAUCCAGUUCUGGUUCUGGCCCAGAAACUGGGUCAGCUGGGUGAGUGCAGAGAGGGAGUGGGAGGCAGUGGCGAAGAUGUGGUACUCCCCCUUCCUCGCUGCUCCUGCCACAGCAUCUUGGCCACGGGGCCAGGUGUGCCCGGUGAGGACCCGGGUGACACCAGCGAUGCCCUGCUGGUUCUGGAAGGUCUGGGCUCUGAGCAGGUUGGGGAACUGUCUCAGGGGGGAUGCAGAGAUGGAGAGUACACUAAGAAAGAAGAGGAGGUGGGGGGAGUUGGUGCAGGGGGGACACCUGGGGGAGCGGCAACUGUCUUCUGUGCUGGGACACUGAGCGGUCUGAUGCGGCAGGUCCACAGACUGGCUGAGGAGGCAGGGGUCUGCACCGAGCAGAAUUGCCGCUCCACCGUGUCCCCCCCAAUUAGCAGCAGCACCACUUGCCCGUACCCUGCUGUCCCCCCACAGGGCCCUCCAGAUGCAGCAGUCAUCAGCAGCACCCACAUCCCUCCUGACCCAGGCCCUCGCCCACAGCAUCAGCAUCAGUCCCGAUCUCAGCCGCAGAGCCGUGCCGCCACCCCAAAGCUCGGUGUGGCCUCAGGGGGACCAGGGCGACCUGCCUCACCCCUGGUGGUUCUGGAGGGGGAGGGGGAGAAGACAUCACGGGGAAAGUCAAGGAAGGCAGGAUCCCUUAAAGUCCGACUCAGCAAGCUGUUUAGAACCAAGAGCUCCAGUGGGGGGUCGGGUGGUCUGCUGGACAAAAGACCGUCGCUGGCGUCGUCCACCUCAUCAGGGGGGAGUCUGCUGGAUGUGUGGGGGUCAACCUGCAGCAGUACGGACCAGGACAGCAGCAGGCUGCAGGUAUCCAGACCUCACAGUGCCUUCUCCCCGGUGCCGUUCACUCCUGCUUUCACCGGUGAGACGGUCUCUCUGGUCGAUGUGGAUAUCUCUCACAGGGGGGGGAGCUGUCACCACCCCCCCACCCCUCCCCCCCCACCCAGACGGAGCCUCAGCCUGCUUGAUGAUUUCGGGGGUCCUCCUCAGCAUCACGGACCCUUCAUGGAACGGAACGUGGGAGCAUCGAUGCAGUCUCUGCCCCCACGACCCAUGGCCCUGCACCCCACACUGAGCACCAUCCAACACAGCCUGAGCCUCAACGACACGUUCCUGCAAGGUUUACCCUGCCCAGUACCACUUCGGCCAGAUGGUCAGAACCCCCCACCCCGACUCGCCCCUCGCUGCCCCCUGAGCCGACCCGACGCCGGCAGCUUCGCCACCAGCCUCAGGGAGCUGGAGAAGUGUGGCUGGUACUGGGGCCCGAUGAACUGGGAAGAUGCUGAGAUGAAGUUAAAAGGGAAACCGGACGGAUCGUUUCUGGUUCGGGACAGUUCGGAUCCUCGAUACAUCCUGAGCCUGAGCUUCCGGUCGCAGGGAGUCACACACCACACACGCAUGGAGCACUAUAGAGGAACCUUCAGUCUGUGGUGCCAUCCGAAGUUCGAGGACCGCUGUCACUCCGUGGUCGAGUUUAUUGAGAGAGCCAUCAUGCACUCCAAGAAUGGAAAGUUCCUCUACUUCCUGCGCUCCAGAGUCCCAGGUCUGCCUCCGACUCCGGUCCAGCUCCUGUAUCCGGUCUCCAGGUUCAGCAGCGUCAAGUCUCUGCAGCAUCUGUGUCGGUUCUGCAUCAGACAGCUGGUCCGGAUAGACCACAUUCAGGAGCUGCCGCUGCCCACGCCUCUGAUCGCUUACCUGAGGAAGUUCUACUACUACGACCCUGAGGAGGAGAUUAGUCCCAUGCUGCAGGACGGGAAGGAGGCCAAGGAGCGAGGCUCGGAGCCUAGCAGCCAGCCGGGAGUCGAGUCCCAAACGUAGCACUGGAGCCGGGGCACAUCGUGAGUCCAUCCACAGGUCUUUUCUUUCUCUGUUUCUGGACUCGAUCACUGAAGGACGUUCAAAUAUUCAAACUGGACUCUGACUGCAGCCAAUGGGCUCCCUUCGCUCAGUCUCGUAUCCAGGCGGGUUUCAGAUGAUCCUCCCUCAUCUGAUUGGCUCACAGGGAGCUGACAGGAGAGGGACAGGGGAUAAGGAGACUCCGCCUCCUUUUUGAUGUCAUCACUGAUCAGCUGGACUGAAGCGAACGUGACGUCACCGUCGGGAAAACGCUGAAAACUCGACGAGGAGAGAAACUGUUGGUCGUCUCCAGGAUCCAUAAACUUCCAAAAGCCCGAGUCGGAGAACGCUGUGGAGUUUAACGUUGUGUCAGGAACCUUGGAUGUUUUCAUCGGUUCUACAAGAAUCAUCUCUGUUUACUUUUCCUUUUGCUGGAGACCUUGUUGAAGUGUCAAGGGACGUCAGCAGGGGGCGCUGUUUUGUGGUACAACACGGUUAUUUUGGGACCCAUCUGAGGAGAUGAAGUCCGGAUCAGUGGAAUCAGCUGCUCCGAUAAUCAAUAUUCAGCUUUUAAAUCAAACUAAUAUUCACAACGCUUCAUUUCAGAUUUCAGUUUUUAAACUUCUCUGUUUUCAGCUGAACAAAAGAAAAUAAAAAAUCAGCUGCAGCUUUAAACUGUGAUGAUGAAUUUCAGCCAUCAGUACAUUGGAUGCAACGGUUCUAAUGGAUCCGGGUCCAUAACAUGGUUAUAUCGUUCAUCAGUUAAGGGGGGAGGGGGAGGAGGCCGUUCUGGUUCUGGUUCUGGACCGGGUCCUUUUAGUUUUAAACGCUCCAUUAAUCCCACCCAUGAGCAGCAGAUAGUUCACUGAUACCAGUUUGUAAAAGCUACCAGUACCGGUCCGUUUGGCUUCAGGAACUCUGACAGUCUGAGGUUAAUGCUGGCUGGGACAUUUGGGUUGUAAAUGUAGAGGAAAAUGACUGGUUCUGAAAUUAUAUUCAGUCAUCUGGUAAAAGUAAACGUUUAAAAGAAGACAGUUGGGUUUAGAAUGAUGUUCAGAACCAUCUAUGGGCCGGGUGUCAGUGGGAGGGAAUAUUAUUUACACUGGAGUUUAAUCACAUGGAAAUCCCUGCAACACAAAGGCUGCAGUUCUGACCUCUGACCUGUUCUGCCCUGAUGUCUGCUCCUGGUUCUGGUAGGUCAGAACAUCUGUCUGGUGUCUCCAUCUUCAUGCUGUUGCAAUGAGUGGGUUGCCACGACAACCAGUUAAUUACAGGAGCUAAGGUAGCUCACAUGGGACAACAGUGAUGAUCUUCAUCCAUCAUCAUCAUCCAUCCUGAUCCUGCCCAGCAUUCCAGAACCAUCCUACUGUUGGUAGAUCCCUAAACUCAGAACUUCUGACCCGACCCAGUCCCUAAAUGAACCAUAUGGAUUGGUAUUUAUGGCCCGGUCCAUCCCUAAGCUGAGCCUUCAGAACCCACAGUAAAUGUCUUGGUGCUGGUCAGAACCGAGCUGCAGCCUUCAGGAACUCAACGGGCAGCUUUUAAAAUCUGAUGAAUGUUUGAUGUCUUGAAAUGUAAGAAAAUCAGAUUUUUGUUCUGAUCUGACGUUUAAAUUAUUCAUUAUUAAUUAUUUUAUGAUUCCGCCUUCAAGGAAUGUCAGAUUCUGAAGAACUGAGUUAUACUUUGGCUGAUAAUAGGACUGGACCUGGUGACGGAACCCAAACAGAACCUUGUAUUUUUGUGUGAAUGUGGACUGAUGAAGGUCUGCCGCUGUUGAAGGUCAAGAAGAAAGUUUGGUCUUUUGGUGUUUCUUCAUCCUGCUGUUCGUCUUCACACUGGAUCAUUGUUGAUAUUAAUGAACUUUUGAAUGAAUGAGCGCUGAUCCCAUUUUUUAUUGUCGGGUCUGGUUCCGGUACGAAUGUGAAUGACAGUUUAUUGAGAACUUUGUGAUGAUAUUUGGAAUAUGAUUACUGUAAAAAUUGCUGCAACUUUUGGUUCCAGGAACAGAACGCUGGAAUGUUCCAGGGAACCAGAAGUUCCUCCUGAAGGAGAAUAUUUCAGAGUGACGGCUGGGUUUUCUCAUUUUUCAUAAAGUUUCCAGAAAUGUUGUUCUGAUCCGCUCAGUUUUUUAGCACUUUGUUGCAGUUUAGCUGCUUUUGGUUUAGUGGACACAUUUUUAAAUUUGAAAUGUCUAAUUUUAAAUUUUUGUCAAAAUCUUCUGAAAAUAUCUUGAAUGGGAAUUAUUAAGGUAUGAAAUCUAUUCUAGAUAUGAAAUUCUAGAGGAAUUCUGGUGAAAAUCCAAAUUUCCUUUUAUUUGAAACAAUUUGAGAGAAAUUCCCAUUUUUAGAUUUGAUUGGAUUUUAUCUGGUUUCUGUAAAAAUGUUGAUAAAAAGUUUUCUGGAACUUCUUGUUGAACAGAACAAAUCUGGUUCUGGUCAUCAUGCAGAGAACAACUUUGUGUUUGGACUUGGUUCCUCCAUGUAGCACCCUUCGUUAACUUGGAUCAUGUUAGAAAAGCUUUCUCCAGGUUCCUCUGGAGAAACGUGGAGAUUUGUCUCACCUGUGGAUCUUGAAGCAGCAACAGAUGAAUGAUGUACAGCUCUUCAGAACAUUUCCAUCUGGGUUUUUCAUUUAGUUUCUGAGAUGUUUGGGAUUCUACAAGUUGGGAAUAACGUCCAGAUCCUGGAGGCGACCGCCGCGCCACGAUGGCAACCUUACCAAAAAACUUAGAGCAGGGUUACUAUGACGACUACUGAGCUACAACCAUGCCAACAUCUUGAUGUUUCACUGGAACCAGCCUGUUUGGGAGGUCAAACACUGGGAACUCUGGGAGAGCUGGAGGCGGGACCUGGGCAUCCUGCAGGGACGCUUCCAUGAUGUCAAACCGUUGUAAAUGUGCACUCUGAAGGACUGCAGACGUGCUGACAUGUUGUUGUUGGUGUGGAGGAGCAGUAAUGUGUCGUUGUUGUGCAGUCACCUGUUAAUAAAACAUGGUGGGACUGAA